UAGAAUUAAAAGCCCAGCUGGAUUAUAUACAAAUUUGAUAUCUGUGUAUUUAGUGCUUCGCUGAGCGCCUUCCAAUGCGUUUGCCAACAGUUGACGAGCCGCUGCUGUGGCUGCUGCUGAUGCUGCUGCUGCUUUGGGGCAGCUCCGGCGGCAGCGCCAAAUUUGUGAGUCCUACGCGACACAGCGGCGGCGGCGGCGGCAGCGAAAUAAGCAGCACAAUUAUCGUUGUGGAGGAUGCCAAAGCCUGCUUCCGGCGUGUGCUGGCCGGCAAGCGUAUAGCGCCACAUUGGGUGCGUCGCUCCAUAUCCUGUGAGCGUGUCGAGGAUUGCAUGCGCGAAUGCGGCCACGAGAAGCGCUUCAUGUGCGAGGGCUUUAACUAUCGUCUGGAUCCGUCCGGACAUGGCCAGGGCGAUUGUGAGCUGAUUGAGUUGCCGCUGGCCCAAAUGGAUCUGUAUUCGAGCGCCAAUCGACGCGACUCGAAUAUGCUGCGGCAUCCGGAUUAUGAUUAUUAUGAGCGGGAUCGCAAUGCGCCCAGCAGCUGUCGACGCAGCGCCUGCCAGGACUGCUCCAAGGGGCCCAUCAGCAGCAAUCCCAUUUACUUCAAGCCCAGCAGCAGCGGCAGCGGCGGCGGCGGCAGCAGCAGCUAUCCACCCGGGCCCAGCAGCAGCGGCGGCGGCUAUGGCGGCGAUCGGGAUCGUGAUCGUGAACAUGAUCGGGACCGUGAUCGGGAUCGUGAUCGUGAUCAUUAUCGUCCGCCGCCGCCACACAGCAGCACGGCUGUGGAUCAUUAUCGCGGUCCGUCGGGACCACCCAGCAGUUCCUACGAGCAUCGACCCUUCUCCACGGACUAUCACAGCUCGCAUUCCUCCAGCUCGGCGUCUUCCUCAUAUGAGUUCUCCUCGCAUGGCUCCGGCUCCGGCUCCGGCUACUUUGGCCACACGCCGCCCAGCAGCUUUGGCGAUCAUUCGCGACCCGAUUAUAUUGAUCGGCAUGAUUAUGCGCGUCCCGAGCCGCCGUCGCGUUAUCGGCCCGAUCGCUGGGAAACACUACCGAGCAGCUCGGGCUACGACAGCUCGGCGUAUAGGCCGCCGCGUCCUGAAACGGAUCGCAUCGACAAGUACAGGCCUUCGUAUCGUCCUGGCCAUGACUAUUCGCCGUAUCGCCCACAUGAGCCUAGUCGACCGGCGCCACCCGGUCCACCAUCAACAGGUCUUGCCCACAAUUACCUGGAUCGCGAUGGUCCCGGCCCUGGCCACGGCCCGGGCCCCGCUAGUGUGUCCUAUAAGAAGCCCAACAAGUUUGUGCCCUAUUUGAUUGGCGCGGAGGAGCAAUUGGGCAACUAUGGCGGCGGGAAUAGCAAGCACAGCUUCUAUGAAUCGCAGCGCCGCAAGGAUCAGCACGAUUUCAACUAUUUUGAGCUGGGCUCAACGCACCACCGAGAGCCGCCACGUGAGUCGAAUGCGGUGUUGCGCUAUCCCGGCUCCAGCUAUGACCAGGACUACCCACGCUUGCGCAACGACUACAGACAACAGUGGACCAGACGACCCGGACAAGAUGAAUGCUCCGCCAAGACCAGCGAGGGCUUUCGGCUGCACAAGACCGCCGUGAAGCAUGCCUUCAAUGUACCCACUCUAACGGAAUGCGAGCGUUUGUGCUCGGAUCAGCGCCCGAGUUUCAUAUGCCACACGUUCAGCUAUCGGUACAACCAGGCCGGACGCGACAAUUGCAUGCUCUGCGACAGGCCCGUCAAUAAGCUGGACUAUUAUGUGGACAUAGAGCCGGAUCGGGAUUAUGAUAUCUAUUCCAUGGCGGAUGAUAUGGACGUGUGCAGGUCGCAGUCGCCGCCGCCACGGCGUAGCGAUGGACCCAGCACUGCGCUCUCCGAUCCGCGCAAUGCACAAUGCUUCUUCCGCGCCAUUGAUGCCACGCGCUUUUUCAAGUCAAUUGUGCGGGACUCGCUAACUGUGCGCUCUGUCGGCGAGUGCGAGAUGGAGUGCAUCCGCUCGACCAAGUUCACGUGUCGCGCCUUCGCCUUUCGCUAUGGCCAGCAGAGGCACGCGGGCGUCAUUGACAACUGUCAGCUGAGCGAUUGGCCGGUCCGGGAUAUGGACAAGGAGCGGCAUCUGAUCCUGGAUGCUGCCUUUGAUAUCUUUGAGCGCGCCAGCUAUGGACAUGGCUGUGAAAUACAGCCCAUUAUGGAUGAGAAGCACAAGAAACUUUGCUAUCUGGGCUAUGGCUCGCCCGCGCGCCUGUUACCCCCCGCUAUCAAGAAGGUCAUCUCUGUGCCCUCGGAAAUGGCCUGCAAAAAGGAAUGCAUACGCUUCCGCGAAACGACGCCCUUCAAGUGCUACGCCUUUAGCUACGGCGCCCAGGCUAGUUCGUUCAAUUGCGAAAUGUCCGAUCUGGAUCAGACCGAGCUCAAACUGGAUGUGCACUAUACGCACACCAAGGAGCGCGAUUACUGGCUAUUCGCGUGGAAUCCAUUCGAUUGGACGUGCCGCGACAAGGUCAACACAAUUGGCGGAUCGCGUGUUAAUAACGAUCGACGCAUGGACAUAUUCCGGGAACCGGGCGACGUUGCCUGGCGCCACUAUACGGUCUCCGGCAAGCCCUGUCGACGCAGCAGUCCCUGCGAGAAGAAUCUCAUAACUGGUUUCUAUUCCUGUGAAACGGAUGGCUCCGAAAUCGGCUCCUGGGACUAUUGCUGCAAAACGGAUCAUCCCUGUGGCUACAGUCGCGGCUUCGACUAUCCCUGGUGCUUUGUGGGCGACGAGGCGGAUCAGUGGCGCAAGUGCAGCGAUCGUUACUAUCCCGGCAGCAACAGCACCAAGCCAAGCACCCACUCGAGCCUGGGCCUGCCCAGCGGUGGCAAACAAAAACCGAAGCAUCAGCAGGCGACAGCGGCGACGGCGGCGAGCAGUGAAUACACACAGCAUCCGCCGCGACCCGGCGGCCUGCAGAGUCUCAGCGAUUUUGCGGCCGCCCGGCUCUGGCCCGUCACCUAUCUGUAUAGCGAGGGGCCGCCAAAUGCCACCGAGUUUAGUAAUUUCGUUGAUUGCAACAAGGAGACGUGCUAGCAGCGGCAGCAGCACGCGACAGCUUAUUAAGUAGUUUCCCAUUAAUCAGAUUUUCCGAUAGCUUCUAAGUCCCGCUCUUGCCCCCAGCCCCCGCCCCGCCCCUUCGACCAACUUAGUUCUAACAAUGACGAAAAUAAGAAGCAUUCUCACCGGUUUGUCUGCUGCACACGUUGCAAAUGUGUCGUUGUGAUUUUCAAUGAGAUUGGAUACAAUUUUCCGUCGUAAAAAACCAAUUAACUUAUUAAUUUUCUUUUUACAUAUAACGUUAAUCACAGUUUCGUGCUGACGAUAAAUCUUGUACUUUUGUAUUUAAGUUGAAUUUAAACGUACUUUAUGUACAUGUAUGUAGAAAUGUAUGUGUAUUAAUAAAUAAAACUAGUUA